AUGAAACCUCUUGGCGUGGUUCUCAUAUCGGUUCUUGUAUUUAUAGUUCUGGGAGUGUCACUGUUUUAUGGCUUGCGUAGUUUACAAAAACGGGCUUAUGUCAUAACGCCGACUUCUUAUCGAAGAAAUAUUAUCGGUUACACGAGUAUUUUGCAAUUCUAUUUGGAUUCCCCUUCAACGAUAGAUAAAAUUACACUUACCAUGACAUCUAGUGAUAUACCUGGACUCCCCCGUUAUAAAAAAUUCUCAUUUACCACACCUGAGAAACAUAAUUUUGACACUGUUUACAUGGAUCACACCAGAAUACAAGUAGACCCAGGGGUUUUUUCGAGCGCUACAAUUUACACCUGGUUCGAUAAACCUAUGCUGAUAAUAAUCAACACAGUGGAAACCCAAAAUGAUGAGGAAGUCACCAAGUAUCAGUAUUUCACAGAUGAUGACAAAUCCUAUAAAUCAUACGUAAAAUUUACAGUUGAAUUCGAUGUACAAGACAACCCAGAAGAAAUGAAAAAGCUAUUAAAAAAUAUCAACAGGAACAUGAAACGCCUGUUAACAAUUGACAUAGGCAACGAUUUAGGUGACGAGUCCACAUAUUCUACUUCGUUAGAUGACCAUAAAAACCUUAAAAUGACCAAAGGCUAUAUGAUUCACAAGCCAUUCGUUGAACUCAGAAUGGAAAUCAAUCAAGGACUGUUUAACGAUUAUUUUCAAAUUGAGGAGCUUACACACAAUCAAAAUGUUCUAAAAGUGGACAUACCUCUGGUCCAAGUUAAUCGUUUCAUCGUCUAUUUCUGGAACUCAAACCCAAUUAUGUUGGCCUUCGUUUCUAAAAACAAACACCACUACUACAUUCAGAAGACGUCCGACGAGUGGAUUCCGUUGUUGGACGACUUCGGAGUUGCAUCAAAUACCGAAAUGUCGGAUGAGAGAAUAGAGAAAAGACUCAAGUUCACCAUUUUGCAAAAGUUCGACGCGUUCUUUAUCGACGUCACCAAUACCGAGGACUACGACUUCGCAGGAAAGGAAAUUUCAGUAGUCCGGGACGAGGCUGACCCACUCAACAAAGGAAUGCGCCAAGUGUACAAGCACUCCGUGGACACAGGAGCGUUCAAGCUGGGAGCCUGCUUCCAAGACUCAAUAUAUAUGGAUAUGGUCCCAAUUGGCAAGGAUGUGGAACACGUAACAGUUUACAUGGAAAGAGAGAUACCCUUUAUGGUGAAGCUGGCCGUGGUCGAAAACGACGUUAAACGCGAUGUGUACGUAAGCAGGGAGAUCGGAUUGAGGUGGAAGCUCAAUAAAAACCCGAAGAAGCUCCUGGACGAGCUCGACAAGCCAAUCUUCGGCUUCGGAGGACUCUUCCCGGACACGAUUAGACUGGAUAUCGGAAAGAAGAGCUCCUACGAGUGCAGGCCGGAAUACCGGUCCUCGAAGUGCAGCGAGAUUUCAGUGAAGCUCUUCGACGAGUACGGCCCCUAUAAAAUAUACCUCCACGAGCCUGUCCACUCCGGCGGUGGAGCCGGAGAAGACAAUGGCUCCUUCAGGUUCACGUCGCUGACAUCGAACGGCGCCAAGAUCUUCGGAGUCGUGCCGGGCGACAUCUCCAAGAUGAGGGUGUACUUCUUGGACGACCUGGUGCCAGUCGGCAUUGAAAUCAUUUCGAACACCACGGACAACUACGUCAACAACGGCAAUAACCGCUGGGUGCCGUACAAGGGGGAGACGGGCAAGUACAUGCUGGACCCCUUUUUGUUCCAGAACUGCAGCAGAGAGUCGAACACCUUUGUCGCCUUCGACAUCGGGCACAAGGUCCUGCACUUCAACGGGGAGGGCGAGGCCCUGACCACGACGACCAGAUACGGGACUUUCAUUGAGCACACGCUUCAGCUGAAGGCGUACCGCCAGUUCAUCUUUGACGGCCUCGCAUACAAGGGGUUCUGGUACCGUUUCGACGCCGCCGCCCUCUUCCUCGAGAAGUUCGUGCAAAUCAAGGUCUACUUCGACCCGACGAACAGAGUUCCGCUGAUCUUUGAACUCACGGGCAGCAACUCGCUUCUCUUUUACAACAAGUUUGACGGUUCUUGGCCGCCUUUGUUUUCAAUUAACCAAAAUUUGGUCCCGGCUUUAACCUUCGUUCACCUCAAGAUCGUUGACUCGAUUUCCAUCGACAACUUCGCCAACUACACUGUUGGCUCGGUUGCCGUCACCGUCAGCCGUUCUCAAUUUUCGGAGAAGUACGUUAAGAAUUUCCACAAGCCUGCCUCGGACACCAAGUUUUCCGGGAUACUUUACAGAGGUUACUUCAUCAAGGGAAUCGGCAGCAUCAAUAGUUUCAGUUCCCUCACCGCCUACUUUGUGGAGGGGUCGCACUUGGCUCUUUUGAUCCAGGUUCAGUCCCAGGGCGCCGUUUACACGUUCGCCUACGACGACAACGAUGUCUGGAACUUGGUUAAAAGUCCCGCUGAUCUUUCCGCGUUGCUCGACCAGGGCUACUCAAAGUUCGCCCGCAUGUUUUCCAAAUCCAAGUAA